GCAGACAAACGAGGCGAUGGUCGAAUUCUUAUCGGCAUGCUCUCUGCGUUCGGAGUCGGUUGGCGCAAAGAAUGGCUCGGAGAAACGGAGGCUCGGACCUUCUGGCUCGCGGGAUUGGGAGCUCGCGCUUCUCUCGGCGACCUCCCUUGACGAGCUCUUCUAUUUCGCUUUCCGGAUGUUCGGACAGGCGGCGGAAAGAUUGAAUUGUCGCUCCUCGCUUUCCACAUGUGAAGUAUGGAAGGUAUAAGAUGGUCCAGACGCGCGCUCUUUUCUCCGAAGCUUGAUGACGGGGUCGUUGGCUUUGCGUGAGGGAAAGUUUCUGCCAUGCAUGACAUUCGCAGAGCCCGAAUCUGAUCGGAAGCUGUCCCGGGAGCUUCGGCAGCCUUGAGAUAACGACUAAUUCGACUUGGAAGAUCUGAAUACCUGGACUUCCUUGGCACUAGGCACAGCGAUGACUGCAGAAGGGAACCCCAGCGAGACCUCGUCAAGCUCCACCCAAGAAAAUCAAGGAUCACCGCAGAUCAUGGCCACAAACGAGCAGAUACCAAAUAUGAGCGAGAACAAAGUGGGAGUUACCAAAUGGCGUGGAGGUAUUAAAAUGGUCAUAAACUGUUCAAUCGAAAAGGCGUGGGAUACUAGUGCUGAAUUUUGCGGCCUGCAUAAAUGGGUAGCCACUACUGACACUUGUGAGUGUAUUGAGGGCGAACCUCAAGUACCGGGCUGUGUGCGCGUUAUGACCGGCAAUUCGUUCCCAAGAGCAGAUGGAAACAAGUCUUAUGCCAAGGAGAAGCUUUUGACGUUUGAUAAUGAAAACCGCAGCAUGAGCUACCUAAUGAUGGAGAACAAUUUCGGACUGAGCGAGUACAUAGCCACCUACAAAAUGCAGGAUUUGGGUGGUGGAGCUGUCCUUGUGGACUGGUCGUUUGAAGUGAACCCAAUUCCCAACUCCACUGAGCAGAAGACCGCUGAUUACAUGACUGGAGUUUACAAAGACACUAUGAAGAAACUUGAAGCACUUAUAAACUCACAGACGAGCACGCAGACCACUCAUGUCAGUCAUCAAGGUGGCGAUUCCCUUCAGGCUUCCAGCAAGGAGACUCUAAAGGACGAAAAGCUGGAAGAAGGCAAGCAAGUAUAAGCUCUGGACCCGGAUGUCCCAAAUCUAAUCUCGAACCGGACAGGAGAAGAGAAGCUGUCGUUCUGGUGGAAAAAUGUUAUAACUUCUCUGUGUAUUGUCAUGAAGGUGAUCCUCAUUUUGUAUCAUAUUGCACGUGCCUUGUCAUUGACAUCAGCUUCAGGUUCGAAAAACAGAGCAUAUUAUAGCAGUCUGCCAAAUCGUUCUUAUUCUGUACCCACUACAUGGAAUAAAGAGCACAAAUAGUUCUCAG